UGCCAGUAACCUGUGCAAACUGGAAGGUAUGGUGCGUGGAUGUACCAAAAGCUCUUGCGCUCGGUUUCUGGAACGACACCAGUCAGCGCUGAAUUUGACACUGUUGCUUGUUGGUUACAUCGUUUACCUCGUAAUCGGCGCCGGGAUCUUCUCCGCCAUCGAGCUGCCGUACGAGCAGGAUCUUCGGCAGGAGCUGAUCACGGCCCGGCAAGAUUUCCUGAGCAACAACACCUGUGUGUCCGACGUGAGCCUGGAGGAGCUUCUUGCCCGCGUGCUGGAGGCCAGCAACUAUGGAGUGUCCGUGCUGGAAAACGACACCAAACGCAACUGGGACUUUGUGUCCUCCCUGUUCUUCACCAGCACUGUGCUGACCACAACAGGUUAUGGCCACACUGUUCCUCUCUCUGAUGAAGGGAAGGCCUUCUGCGUCUUCUACUCCCUUUUUGGCAUCCCCGUUACUCUCUUCUUCUUCUCUGUUGUGGUGCAGAGGAUUAUGCUGCUGGUGACUCAACGUCCACUGUCCUACUUCCACCGUCGAUGGGCCAUGUCUAAAUCGAAGCUAGCCACCAUACACGCUACCUGCCUAACCAUCAUCUUUAUCUUACUCUUUCUUAUCAUUCCUGCAUGGAUCUUUGUAAGCCUGGAGAAUGACUGGGACUUUCUGGAGUCUCUGUAUUUCUGUUUCAUCUCUCUGACAACUAUUGGCCUCGGGGAUUAUGUCCCCGGAGAGACCCAAAGUGAAGAGGCCAACCCACACCCACAGCUCUAUAGGCUGGCCAUUACAGCCUACUUGCUGCUGGGAUUGGUGUGUGUCCUGGUGGUUCUGGAGACGUGUUGCGAGCUUCCCCAGAUGAGACACCUCAGACAGAGGUUUUACAAGGAAAACGUUCGGGAGCUGGACUCUGAGACCACCAACAUCAUUGACCGGGAUCACCUGAGCGACCCAUUGAGCGACCUGUCGGAUCAUGUGACAGGUCACCUACCAGUCAUCCCUUCUGUGUCCGAACAGGCUGCGUCCCUACAGCAGGACAGCAAGUCUUACAUCCCAGCAUCAGGAUCUGCUGUUAAUGGAAAACUUCGAUGACAGAUUGUUUGGACUUGUGCUUCAUUCGUGACGUCUGCCUAAAUGUGUAUAAACAAGUAUAUAAGGAGCCUGAGCACACUGAGUGUAUAUCUUCACAUAAACUGAGUCACUUAAUCACUUACAAAGGGAUUGCCUUCUGCCUUCUGCCAUUGCCAACACCAACAGACAUUUGUGGCGUAAAAACAGGAACAACCCACAGACUAUCAGGAUGGCUUUGUUUUCUUGUUCUCCCCUGUUGCGCCAUUCCCUGCCGAUAAGGGCUAGAUCUGGGACACAGAGGAAGGGCUGGGCCUCCAAACGGAGGGAAACCCCACAAGGUUCCACUUCCUGCCAAAGUCUUGAUGCAGUAAUUUCAAAGUGGCACAGUUUGCUCUAUAGGAUAUCACACCUGCUCUCAGCACAGUAUGUCAUUUAUGGUGGUAUUUGUAUAGGAAAAUUGAUUUCUUGGAAGUAGGAAAGCGGUGCCAGGAUACUCAAUCAGGCAUGCCAUCAGCUGUCCUAUUGUACAUUAUGUACAAGGAUUCCAAGAAGAAGUAAUGGCAAGGAAUAAAUAAUGUUUUCUUCCUGGUUACUUACAGGUGACUAUUUGUCCAAGCUAAUGCAGUCAAAUACAGUAGUCCUGCAAUAAAUUCUACCUUAAGGAUGGUUAUAGUGUUCAGUUUAAUAAUAUUUUUAUAGAAGUGGCGAUUCAACUGUAUGAUCAUUUUGGAGGCUGCAGUUUGGGUGCUGCUGGACUGUAUAACAUCACACAGAGCGGUGUUUCUGUUAUUAAGCCUAAAGUGCAACCUCCAUCAUGACCAUACAGUUGAAUCAGCACCUUCUCCAAAACAGUUCCAUCAAAAACUGAACACCCUUCAUAAAGGGAGGCUUUAUAGCAGGCCUUCUGUAUUAAAGUGCAUUAGUUUUAGUUAGAUGUACCUAAUAAACUGGCAAUUGGGAUAGUCAUUCUGUAUUGUGUGCCUCACACCACUAGAGGGCAGUACUUAUCUGUACAAAAGAUACUAUAGCUUUACAGAGUUCAUUGUUACUGGGAUAUUAUCUCUUGUUUUGCUCAGUGGUUGUUACUUAAAAAUGGUUAUAAAAUGCAUGUCAUUGUUACAACUGAGAGUUAAACAUGUAGCAGUUUUUAUUAUCCACAUAUUUUGUCAAAUCUGUCCCAGUUUACAGGAGUGCUAAACCCAUUUUUUCAUGUGCUAGUGAAACAGCUUGAAAUAAAAAAUCAAA